AAAAAUCUGUUGUUGUUGCUGUCUGUCCCCCUCGCGGUGUGUCUCGGUGACCGCAGUUUUGUGAAUAUUUAACAAUUUCACACUAGUUAUGUAGUCUUGUCCCGUGAUUUUCCCGUUAUCCUCUUACUUAUCUUACUUCCAGCAUUUCAGACCUUUUUUUUCCGAGUGUUACAGUGUUUUAUUGUGCUAAAAUGAUAAAUAUCAUAUCUCACCUCCACUCACAUUGUCCAAUUUCAUCCUAAACAGUCUGCAAUUAAUGUUUACCUCUUCCUCAGUGAUUUAUCUUUCCAAAAUCAACAAUGAGUUUGCAUUCCAGUGAUUAUUCUAAGCAAAACUUCAGCUCGAAGAAGGAUGAUUUAGAUAUCCAUGCCAGCGACCUAAAAGAACUAGGGUUGAAGCGGAGAUUUCCUGCUUUUCACCCUCCUCCGGUUGUUCCUACAUACGAGCCAACAGGCGAAGAUUUCGAAGAUCCUCUCGCAUACAUAAGUUCCAUCCGAGAAGAAGCUGAAAAAUAUGGAAUUGUCAAAAUCAAACCACCCUCUGACUGGUGGCCACCAUUUUGCGUUCAACCAAAAUCAUUCAAAUUCACUCCCAGGCGUCAGAGAUUGGACGAACUUGAUGCUACAGCCCGAGUCCGCAGCAUUUUUGCUAAUAAGGUUGCAAAAUUUUGGGCAAUGCAUGGACGGUCCCUCAAGACAUGGAAUAGGUACAAAGUUGACAUGUACACUUUGUACAAAGUUGUUGAAAGUCGAAAUGGGUAUGAUGCCGUGACGGAAAAUGACAAUUGGGAGGCUGUCGCAACAGAACUUGGGUAUAUCAAUGUUGAACAAGCAGCCAACUAUCUGAAAGGAUUUUAUCGGGAUAAUCUGGAGCCCUUCAGGAAAUUCACUGAGUUGAAGUUCUCUGGAGUUAGUCAAAGCUAUAAAUGGAUGCCUCCUGUGCAAAAGAAGCAGUCAAUUGUUAAGAAACUAAUUCAGGAGGAAUAUGCCCCAGAUAUCAGGUCUGACUACCGAUUGUCUGAUAUCAUCAAACCAGCAAAUAAAAAUUUGGAAAAGCAAAUUUCAAGUAACACAAGUUUAAGCAACGGAGACAAAACUGAGGAUCGUCUGAAUCAGUCAUUUGACGAUAGCGAUAAUGAAUCUCUUGCUUCUAAAGCUAGAGGAAGGAAAAGGAAUUUGCAAGAUGCCAAAGGAGACUCUUCAUCAGAUGAUGCAAAAAUUCCACAGAAAAAUACUCGUUCUUCCUCAGAAUCUGCUAUAGAACUGCGAACAAGGACCUCUAAACGCAGACAUUCCAAAGACGAUUCCUCUGACACAAGUUCAAACGAUUUGAACCCAAACGGAGCCGUAAAACAAGAAGUAAUCUCCGAUGAUGAAGCCAAAGAUGUGAUUAAAUCUCCAGAACCAGUCAAACGAAGGAAAAGCCUCAGUGAUUCGGAUUCUAGUAGUAAAGAUAUCAAUUUAGAUACGUUGAAAGACUUAGGUUUGAUGAGUGGCAAAAAAAAGAAAUCCAUCAUCUCUUUGAACUUGAACAGCACCCCAGAGCCUCGUGUUUUGACUCGAGCCUCCAAAGGACGAUCAGACAAAAGAUUGGCCGUCAUGAAGAUGAAUGCUGUACUGCACAAAAAUGCCCUGGAGCAUAGUGAAAAUGGUGAAACUGACUCGAAAAAAGAAUCAGAUGAUGGAGAUAUCAGCUUUCGGUCUGAUGAUGAUUCCCCGAAGAAACGAGAUAGCACAGAUCAUAGUUCAGAAUCUUCACCAAACGACAGUGGGAAGAAAAAGUCAUCGACACAGAAAGAGUUGGAAAGGCUGAAGUUUAAAGGGCCUGGACCGAAAAUGCUCGAUUUAGACGAAUCAGCUACUGUUGAGCCCACAGAAGCAAAAGAAGGCGUUCUGAUCUACACAUGCUCAAACUGUUACCGUACAGACAUGCAAGAACUGAUUUUGACUUGUCAAACAUGUGCAGUUUCAACGCACAUAAUGUGCCUUGCUUAUCCUCUUCCAAAAAUGCCAGAAAAGUCAUGGUUUUGUCCCAAGUGUAUCGCAAAGGAACUGGCAGCAACCCCAGAUGCUUAUGGGUUUGAAGACACGAGAACAGCUUACACAUUGCAGACUUUCGGUUCCAUGGCAGAGGACUUCAAACGGCAUUAUUUCCGAAAACCGUUCCAAUUCCUAUCAAGUAAAGAAAUUGAGCGAGAAUACUGGAGGAUAUUAUCCUGUUUAGAGGAGCCAAUUUCAGUCGAAUAUGGUGCUGACUUGCAAACGCAUGAACACGGUUCUGGUUUUCCAACACACAAGCUUUUAGAAAGGGUACCAGAAGAAAAAGCGCGUAAACUUCUUGACAAGUAUACAAAUUCAAACUGGAACUUGAACAAUAUGCCGGUGCUGGAAGGUUCUGUUUUGAAACACAUUAGUGCAAAUAUUUCUGGUAUGAAGGUUCCUUGGUCGUAUGUCGGGAUGUGUUUCUCCACCUUCUGUUGGCACAAUGAAGAUCAUUGGAGUUAUUCUAUCAAUUAUCUGCAUUGGGGUGAUUACAAAACUUGGUACGGAGUUCCUGGAAGUCAUGCUGAUGAAUUUGAAGCCGCAAUUCAAGAAAUCGCACCAGAACUGUUUCAUGCUCAGCCCGAUUUGCUGCACCAGUUGGUUACCAUUGUUAAUCCAAACGAUCUCAUGGAAAGAGGAGUUCCAAUUUUUAGAGUUGAUCAGGGUCCAGGAGAGUUUGUUAUCACUUUCCCUAGAGCGUAUCAUGCUGGCUUUAAUCAAGGAUUCAAUUUCGCUGAAGCUGUGAAUUUUGCUCCUGCUGAUUGGAUCACAAUGGGCCGAGAUUGUAUCAGUCAUUAUUCAAGUAUGAGACGAACGAAUGUAUUCUCUCAUGAUGAGCUCACGGUCAAAUUAGCGUUAAUAGCAAACUCCUUGCCUCCUGGGGUGAGAGCAGCAACUUUUGAAGAUCUCAAGAGAAUGAUCGAAUCUGAAAAAAGUUAUUUAGAGAAAGUCACCAAGAAGGGAAUAACUAAAUGGGUGAAAGUAAACCAUGAAGCUCUCUCUGAUGAUCAUCGAUUGUGUGCCCAUUGCAAAACGACGGUCUAUCUGUCUGCCAUUAGCUGUCAGUGUAAAUUAGGAUGCUUAAGGCACAUUAAUGAUCUAUGCAAUGACUGUCCUGUUAGUAAAUGGACGCUAAGAUACCAGUAUUCUGUCGAUGAGCUGUUCGAAAUCUACUCAAAAUUACAAACAACUAUCAGAGAAUUUGACAGUUGGAAGAAGACCGUAGUCCAAGGGCUGAAAGAAAAACCGCCAAAAUAUACUUUGAAAACUUUAAUUACACUUAAAAAAGAAGCUAUUGCCAAAAAUUAUACCUUCGGGGAUGUUUACCGACUUCUGUCAAAAACAGUGUCAGCAGCGCGAAGUAAAGUCAAGAGGAUAGCUCAACUUAGAGAAGAAAUCAAAGCAGCUAAAACAAACGGGACUGAUGAAGUGCAAUUUAAGUAUGAUGUUGAUGGCCUUUGUGAGCUACAUGAAGAGAUCGCAUCAGUUCCAUGCGUAAUUCCUGAAAUCAGUAUCAUUGACAACAUGAUAGCCAAAGGGAAAAGUUUCCGGCGUGUGGCGAAUGCAACGCUGAAGAAGAAUGUCUCCAGCUUAAACCCCAAAUUGGUGCAAGAAUUAAUCUGUAAAGGCUAUGAAAUAGGAUUGAAUUUCGAAGAAAUGCCGAAGCUAAAAUCAUUGUAUGAGCAAUGUUGUUGGCUGGACAAGUAUAGUGAAAUGAUGAAAAACCCGCAGAAAAUGACUCUAGAGGCUGUAGAGAGUUUGCUACGAGAGUGUAUGAAACUGAUGGUAGCACCAGAAGUUGAAUUAGCCUUGGCUGUUCUAGAUAAACACUACAAGAAUAUGCUAUCAUGGGUGAACAAAGUAGAUAAAGCUCUCAAAUCUAAGAAUAAUGUUGAGUACUUGCAAGAUUUAUGGAAAGAGGGUAAGUCUGUUCCUGGUUGUGCCCAAACACGCGAACAGCUCAAAGAAACCUUGGAAACUGCUCAGGAAUGGUUAGAAAAAUACAAUGAAGCUGUUGAUUGCACAGUGCUGUCACCAUUCUUGGAAGAAUUAAUUAAAUUAAUUGACGAUGCGAAAGAUAUUCCUGUUAACUUAGAACCUCUUAGUACAAUCAAAACCAAAGUCGCCCAAACUAACAUGUGGAAGCGUGAAAUGGAAUGUGCAUUUCUAAUGCAAAAUUCACAAUUUUCACUCAUGGAUAUUUUUGCUCCUAGAAACAAGGAAAGUUAUGUAGAAUUCUGUCAAGAUACUGAACCGGCAGAGGAUGUGUCUUACCCAUUCCUCUUUCACAAUGUACUUAUUCAAAAGGAUGUUUCGAGGGAUAAAAUUAUUGAAGCCUACCAACAUUUGCAAAACGAGGAAAUCGUCAUGAUAAACAAAAUUCGAGAAGAGAAUAAACACAAAUUUUUAAAUAACACAUCCUCUACCAAAUUCUGCUUCUGUCAUGAGCCUGCCAAAGGAGUGAUGAAGCAGUGUUUCCUCUGUCUGAAUUGGUUCCAUAAUAAGUGUAUAACUGGCUCUAGUCGUAGAAAAUGUACAUUACCAGAUGAAGCGAUCACCUGGCAGGUUGACAAAGACAAAUAUCUUUGUCCGUGUUGCAAGAGAUCAAAGAGGCCAGAUUCGGACGAUGCACUGGCCAAAGUAACGCACCUGCAGAACUCAGGUCUCAGGUGUCUUGAAGCUGAGAUUCUCUACUGCUUAUUGAGGCGCUCUUACCAUUGGCAGCAAAAAGCAUCCCUACUGCUGGAUACGCCAGAAAUAGCUGAUAUUGUAGAUGAUAUAAGCUCUAAUAUGGAUCUGAGGCCUGAUGAUGGUACCGCUACUUCAAAAUUAACGAAUGAUUCAAGUGAGCCGUUCAACAAUACAAGCACAAGGAGCGAACACACAUAUUCUGCCGUCUCUAAAAAGCCUGUUAGGAAGAGUUUGGAUCAUAGAGGCAAUAUGAUCAGUGAUAAAAUGCGGCAAAAACUAAUAGAUCUGAUACUAGAAGGAGAUCUGAUGGAGAUCACGGCCCCUGAAAUGGACAAGUUGUGGAGAGUGUAUCAUGAAACCAGGACAGGGGAGGAAGAAGAAAAUCGCCAUGUCACACCUCAGUCGCAGCAGUCAGAUCAACCAGUAGCAGCUAGUCGAAAGAGUAAUAAUAAAGUCCAGUCAGAGCAGCAAGCAUCAAAUAUUAAGAAAAACACAAGAACUCCAAAACCGUCCAAAAAGAAAAAUGAGGCUCAGCCACAGCAACCAAAAUCAAAACCCAGAGGUCGAUCCGCCAAAUUGCAAAACUCUACAAAUACUAACGAAGACAAUGAUGAAGUCGAUACAGAUGAAGAAGAUGAAUGUUCGGCCGGAGCUGAUUGCUGUCAUCCAACCGAUGAAAACAUCAACUGGGUGCAGUGUGAUGGCAACUGUCGGCAGUGGUUCCAUAUGGCUUGUAUGGGUGUCAACCCGGAAGAGUUCGAAAAUGAUGUAGAUUUCUAUUGCGAUAAAUGUCACAAAGAAAGACAUGGUGGCUCUAGCUCAGUGAAUUUAGGAAGAGAGAAUCCUGAUCUUGAAGGGAAUGAAAAAUUGAGGCUAGCCAAUGCUUUGCUCAGUCUCAGAGAAGGUGAAAACGAUAUUCCAAUCAUCAAGAGAGAGCCUGAUUGCAUUGAUAUUGUUUAGAAGAUUCAUCGAAGAAAAUUGCGAUGAGAAGACCGGCAAUGUUGUCUUGCCAUUCUUUUUACAUGCACAACAAAGGCCCUCAACUGCUGUCUUCAUGAGCUUUGCACUCUAGCACCUGGGCAAAGUUGUCUCACAGAGGUUUUUCCUUUCUCUCCCCCCCCCUCUCCUCUCUUCAUCAUUUUUGCUGACAUUUCUUACUUAUUGGUUCUUAUUUCUCCUAGAUAAUUUUUUUUUGUGCACAUACAUUCUUAAUCAACCAUACCCCUUCCUCUCAUCACCAAGUUUGGUUUGUACUUACAGCGAUCAAAGUAAUCAGAUUUUUAAAUCAUAUAUACCUAGUUAUUUCUAUGCUAUGACUGGUGUUGAAGUUCCGCAAUUGUAUUUUGCCCUUCUGUUUUCAUUUAGAGUGAGUAAUGUUUCUCUUCCUAUUCUGUUACUUCCUGAAAGGAAACACGAAGCUGUACAUUUUUUCUACAUUAAGACCUCCAUUCGAAUUAGGCCGUUGUUGAAGUGAAAUCAUAAUUUUGAAAUUGAAGAACUUUUAAUUUUCGACCGUGCACACAACUUAGUUGUUUCAGUCUUUUCCUUUUAUCAAGUCCAUGCGCACUCAUUUGAAAGUGAAGACCAUGAAGUAUGAAGCGCUUCAAAGUUGUGUUUUGUCAAUUCUCGCCAUGUCUUGUUUCAAUGCUGCCAUGAAUAUUUAACAAAAAAAUUCAUAGAUUUAUACCGUACAGAUAGUUCAUUUUAAUAAAAAGCACUUCGAUCUACUUAUUUUAUAUGCUGUGGUCACUAGCACCAUUAUUACCAUCUCUUCAUAUUCUCACUAAGAAGAUCCUCUUUGCAUAUUUACUUUGUUAAAGAGUAUGUAAUGCCUAUGAAAGUGUAAUUUAGUGAGACUGAGGUCAUAUUAUUGAUUAACCCUUUGCAAGUGCAAGUCGACUUAAUGUAAAACAAAAUUAUAGGUUCAUGCUUAAGUUGACCUUGUGUAAUUGGUCUAUUUUUCAGACAGUCGAUAUCUUCUCAUUCAUACUAACGAAUUCAAUACUUUUACUUUUUUACUGACAUUUUAAGUUAAUAAAAUUCCCUGUCUGCAGUGAAAUAUGGCGCUUUCUCCUUGGAAUGAAUUUAAGAAGUAUUUUAAGAAAAGUAAAAGAAAAUUGUUGAAGUUUAAUUACUGAUUCUUUUGAAUACUAGAUUAUCAGGUGAAACAAAAGUUUGUUGCACGGUCUUUAUCUCAUAGAUUUAUUUUUCUUCAAUUCUCAAAGGAAAACCAGGGCUGGAUCAAUUUACGGCCACAAUUUCCUCUGGAACCUUGGAAGAAAUCCGUCAGACGAGAGCUAAAUCCAGAGGCUAAAUCAUUAUGAUUUUACCAAUAAUAAUCAUAAUUAUUGAAUUUAAAUUAGUUGUUUGUUUUUUUCGCACAUGUGGGGGUGGCUUUAUCGGAUCAGUCAGUUUUCAGUUUUAGCUACUCUCUCUCUCUUCACCCAUGAAAAGUAGCAUUUUGAAUAACAAACAUUUAACGUUUUUCAAUUUUAAAGAUUUGUCUAUGAGUAAAUGCGCUGUUGUCAAAUAUGCAAUUUCAAGUGAAUCCACUGUGGGAUGCAUUUAUACCAGCUAAGUUGGGCCCUUUUUUUUGAGUUUGAAAGUUUGAUAUCCUAAAAUAUACACAGCCCUUGACUAUUGUGCACUAUUGGUCGCUUUUCGCAUGCCUAAAUCCAGCCCUGGUGGAAAUCUAACUGUUUAGUAUACGUAUGUAUAGGCAAUAUUUUCUUUACAUUAUAAUGUAGUAGAAAUUCCCCGUAUAAUUUCUGGUUGUUUUGUUUGCGUCAAAAAGCUGUAUCAAUCAACCUGAUUGAGAAAGAGCGUAGGUGUCAUAUCCAAUGCCCAGGUAUUUCCUCCAAUAAGCUGUCUCAUUUUAUUUGUUUUGGCUUUUGAUAUAAAAUGCAAAUUUUUUCAAACUAUAAUGCUCUGAAUUAAACUCACUGGAUGCAUGUUUUAAGUUUGAAAAAAAAGUUCCUCUAUCUAUCGGCUGUUGAAUAAUAGUGGCAUAAAUGACAUUAGCACCGAGUAUAUGCUAACUUGCAGUCAAUUUUUAUUCCCCCCAAAUGACAGUCAGAAAAUUCUAAUAUCUAAACAAGUUUAUUUUUAUUUGUCAAGUUUAAAAUUUUUUAUGCUUUUUACGAACAUUUUCUAGAAGCUCCCAUAUUUGUAUGAGAAAUUUCAUAAUAGAUUUGAUUUACCGUUUGUUUAAAUCUGAAUUGGAAAGAAAAUUCAUUGCACAAACCUACUAAAUGUUCAGAAUGCUGUUUACAAGGUUUUCUUUUUUUUGUGGGUGCUGAAAUACUUAAAAUUUUUGUUUCUAUGACUUAAAUCAUAAGCUCCGGAAGAAUAAAUAUACAUUAUCUAUCGGAUGCUUCAUUACAAAUGACUAAUGUACCUUUCAAAUGGGGUCUUCCCUGAUGUCGACAAUCGUAUCUCAGACAUCGAUGUUUCUUUGAAUGAAAUUUUUUUGAUGAAAUUGCCUUUAAAUUACCUGAAAUGCUCCAAUCCUAAUUUUCCUCUGUUUAAAAAUAAUCGUUUGGCUUUAAAAGGCCAUCUUUUUUCUUGUAAUAAUAAAUCAAAAUUUUUUGUAUCAUUGAGUGUCCCAGAAGAAAAUGGUGACCAAACGAAUAGCUUUUUUGGACCAAGCAAGUUCAGCUACAAAUGACGAAUUGAAAUAAUGAUGUAUGCAUAUUCUCCGGUAGGCUCUUCAUUUAUUCAUUUUCACUUUUCUCGUUGAAAGGAAUGCAGAAGUACUUGUAUUUUUUAUUGUAUAAACUUUAUUGAAUUUAAUUUCACAGCUAUCCGAUUUGUAAAACUCACAAGAUGAAGUAUCAAUCUUUUUGUCAUUGAAAUCCUUGAACUGAUUGGAUAAUCAAGUUUUUAGGAAGGAAUUACUACCAUCUGUAUGCACCUCACAGCAAUUAAUUCAACCUGGUCAACAUGAUCGAGGGGCCCCAGUAAUUUUUAGAAAGUUGUUCUCAAACAAAUCGGUUGGCGCUUUCACAUCGAAAUAGCCAGCCAUCGAUGUUCAUUUCUCUUUAUUCAUCUUCUUUCUUUCUUUUUUUGUUUUCUACAAUUUUACAUGAAUGGAGCUCUUAACAUCAACGUAUCUGUUCAAAAUGAAAGAGGGUUUAUACUCUCAUAAUAAUAUGAUAUAGGUCUUGCGAAGGAAAAGCUCACCUUCUUACACCCUGGCUCAUAGUUACCUAUGCAACAUGCUUCAAAGAUAGUCUUUGGGGCCAUCUAAUCCCCGGCAUUUCUGAUUUUUACUAAAAGUGCCAUUGAAUCAUCUCCAGAAGAAAGACCUAAUUAUUUUUAACGAAGAGCUCUAUCGUGGCUCCAUUUAUACUUGGAAGCACCUGCAUAGCAAACUAUGAGGGCUCUAUGAUUUUCCAUAAAUCAGUUUAAGGCAAGUGAAUCCGAAUUUUUCAAAAUUUCGGGAAACGAGUCUGACCAUAUCGAUCUAUGUGGAUACACCUAUGUUUUCAUUUUUUUGUUGUGCACAAUACUUAUUAGAAAAAUAAAAGUUGAAUGAGUUUCGCGGCCGAUGUUAACUUUUAAUUUUAACAGCUCUUGAUCAAUAGGUUAUAAUGUUUAGUUAAAAGGAAAUAAAAUCAUGAUAGGUUUAUAACAAGAUCAAUCUAAGAUACCUUUCUUCCUUGUGGGGGAAGGUGUAUUUUUGGGGCCUUGAGCUGUUGUUUAACACAGCGUUGAUUUUGGCUCUCUACCUUGAACCCGAUGAGUUUUAAAAGGAAGUUAAGAUCACCGAUUUUAAGAGUAGCUUUCACCAAUAUGAGUCAUAUUCGAGUUUAUUGUGGGACUUGGAAUGUCGCUCUGCAUGCGGAGAUGGAAGUAGCAGAAAUCAUUCGGGGCCUCCUGUUGCCAAAGUAGAUUUGAACCGAACAGAAAGGACUUGUCUGCUGAGAAAUUGACCUAAAUGAACAUUUCUUCUAUUUUCUAAUUCAUUGCUAUGCUUCAUUCUAUUUACACUAGUGUAUACAGUAUUAAAAUCAUGUAUCAUUUUUUAUUUUGUGUUCAUUUUAAUUAAUUUAAGAUAGAAAGUCUGAGUUGAAAUCCUGACCCAUUGAGACUUAAAUCUCUUCCAAAAUCCGUUCUUUGUUAAUCUUAAUAAGUUUUUAGCUGUCAGCUGGGCAUGGGUUUCUCAUGCAAAAUAUUGUUGUUUUUAGUGAAUUUACGUUUUUUUCCUUUUCCUCUUUUAAUUAGUGGAUGUUGGUCUCAAAGGGUUAAGUUAUCCCCGUAUUUUAAUACAAUUAUAAUUUUUUUAUUUUUCUCUGCUGGUAUCUGCUUAGAAAAAAGCAAGAAGAUAAAAAUUGAUAAAACUUUCUGUAUCGAAUUUUCUGUGUAAAUAAGUAUAAAUAAAUGAAAAAUGAAUUGGUACUCUUGCCA